AUGCUGUUGCCUUUGACAACUGGUUCCAUCCAGAGGACGCGACUUUUGUUUGUCCCCAGUGCUCUCAUUUGGAUUGGAAACCUGCGCCCAGCUAUUAGCAUUGAGCAACUGGAAUCCUUUAUCCAACAACGUGCCCUGACAGCCAAUCAGCAGCUCACGAUAUUUAGUAGCAAACUGAUCAGCAAGGCUGAUGGCAAGGUCGGUGCUCGUGUGACGAUCAGCCGAGCCUCAGUUGAAGCCCUCACACAGCCAAACUUCUGGCCCAGGCCUGUUUAUGCACGCCCAUGGGUUUUUCGUGAUGACCAGAGAAACGCAGCAGACAAGCAACAACAGGAGCAACAGCAGAAGACACAGGAAAAUCAGCACCAGGAAUCUACACUAAGUCUUGAACAGAGAAACACAGCAGACCAGCAGCAGCAGAAGAAACAGCAGGAGGAGCACCAGAAGACACAGGAAAAUCAGCAUCAGGAAUCUACACCUGAAGAGCACCAGCAUUUGCAGACAGAACAGCAGAACCUGCAUACUGCAUCUAGUGACAGCCAAUGCCCUGCAUCCAGUGACAGCCAAUGCCCUGCGUCUAAUGACAGCCAAUGCCCUGCGUCCAGUGACAGCCAAUGCCCUGCGUCUAAUGACAGCCAAAGCCCUGCAUCUAGUGAUGUCCAGCAGGACAGUGGCCAGCACCAGCCCAAGCUUCAAGAUACGUCAACUGCGUCUGCUCCAGCCAAAGCCACGCCACCUCGCCCUGGAAAGCGUCAUGCAGAAGAUUCCCCUGGAUCCAUGUCGGGAAUACCAUGCAAAAUGCAACCUUCAUCUAGCUCUCAAUGA